AUGCACUUCCCCCAAGGCUGGAGCAUCCUGCUGUGCCUUCUCGUGUCCGCAACAUCAACCGCUGCUGCAAAGGCGGACCCGGCGUCUGCAGCUAGACGUUCCAAGGAUGCCGAAAAUGGCAUUGUUCGCUUGCCGAUGAGAAAACGAAGCCCCAGUCAACAGCAGUCCAGAUCAAGCCGUGGGUUCCCUCAUGCACAGCGCCUUCCGGCGAAAUAUACUUCCGACUACUACAGCACAAGCACAACAUCCUCCGCCCCGCCUGCAGCUACACUUGCCCAGGCCAACCUGACCAGCAUAUUCAAGGAGAUGGCCUAUGGCAUCAAGAUGUGGAUUGGAGAGCCUGCUCAGGCCGUGACCCUCGACUUCGAUACUGGUUCUUCCGAAACAUGGGUCAGUCCACACUGCACCAUGGUUGGUUGGAAUCCGUCCUACGAGAAGCUCUGCCGGUCACUGGGCAUGUAUCUGCCACAGCAGUCGGAAACUGUAAUCAGCAUGAACAGGACCUUUCCAUCCAAGUACAUCACGUACGGCAGCGGGGAAACACACAUUGAAUUCUACAAGGAUGCCAUCAGCUUCAACGAUCCAUCCGAGUACUAUGACGACGAAAUGUUCUCGCUCAGGCAGCCGGUUCAGUUUGGAGUGGCGACGUGGUCGUCGGGCAUGAUCUCGGGCAUUUUUGGAGUGGCAUAUGGAGAGGGAUACAACCAAAACUACAGCGGCAUAAUCGAUGCCAUGUAUUCACAGAAUCUGAUUCGAGACAAGGAUUUCAGCUUCUCGCUUGGAAGCGUAGAUGAUGAAAAUGGCGAGAUUGUCUUUGGCGGUGUCGACAUGGCCAAAUUCAGAGGGCCCCUCCACGGCGUUGAGAUGGCAAGCCAGCUCAACCAGGAAGAGGAUGGUUACUACCGGUACUGGAUCAACCUCACCUACAUCGGCGUCACCCAACCCGGGUCGUGCCUGUCCAUGCCUGUGACCGAACACAGCUUCGAAGAACGCUUUCUCCCCGAUACAGGCACCACUCUCACUUACGUGCCAAACCAUGUAUUCGAAAACAUCAAAAGGUUCUUCCCAGACGCCGUGGACAAUGCAACAUACGGUACCAUUGUCGAUUGUUCCCACCUCCAUGCCGAGGGGAGCGUUGAUUUCGGUUUUGGGAACCAAACCAUUCGUGUGCCCUACAGAGACUUUAUUUUCCAGCUUGAACCAGGUGUGUUUGGUGACAACGAGGAGACCCUCUGUCUCCUGGGCGUUGUCCCUUCCUGGGAUCAGUUUUACAUUCUUGGAGAUACGUUCCUGCGGUCGGUAUACGCUCUUUUCCGACAGAAGGAGCACAAGAUCUACUUUGCUCAAUACCAAAACUGCGGCACCAACAUCAUAUCGACCCAUGGCAUCGGCCAGUUUCACGGCGAUUGUGAAGAGGGGUCCGACGCGCCCUCUUCGGCCGACGACGACUCGAAACAUGGGGAGCUCUCCUCGACCUCCUCAGAAAGCUGGGUGAUGACACCAGCCUCGAGCUCUUCUUCCUCGUAUUCAGCCUCGAAAUGCACCUCGUACUCUACUGGCGCCUACUCGGCCGUCCCCACUUCCACCAGCAGCUACGACCCCUGGACCGAGGAACCUUGGGGAACCACCACCACCAUGAUUUGGGACACCGCCAGCAGCACCUCAGAUAUCUCCUGGGAAAGCUCCACCACCACAGAUGAUUCGUGGUCUUGGACGACGGAUGAUUCUUGGUCCUGGACAGACAGCCUCUCCACCUCCCUAGUCAGCAUCGAGUCCGACUUGACCGGCACAGACUGGGAUUGGACCACCACUCCCAUUUCCAUGGAAUCGAUGCCGACAAUUGGCACCGAGGAUUGGACAUCGCUUGAUUUCGAGACGUGGACGGACGAGGACAAGAAAGUGCAUGUGACGGGAAAACCUGUCUUGGGUCAGGGCGGUAUCCCAACAGUGAGCCCGACUUUGAGACGGCGCGGGAAGAAGGGAAGAGUCGACCGGUCCUCCCCGACAGAUGCGGCGGCCAUGAAGCCGGCGAUGACGGUCAGCACGGGGCCGAAGGAGACAUUGGUGAUUGAUCCUGGAAAUGGCAAGGAAAAAGUGACGGUGGUUGGUGGUGCUGUGCAAGGUCAGUAA